AUGUCAGGACGGCGUCUUCUGGACGCUAUACAAGUUCUCAAUGUCGCCAAGUCCGUUGCGACGAAACACCUGGCGGUGCGCCAACGCCAGUUAGAUUUGUUUACGAGAACGUCGUCUCUCACCAAGGGCAUCAAAGAGCAAGCCGACGGCCUUGUUCUCACCGCUCAAGCGGCCGCAGCUUUGGCCAGGCGAUUCAACGAACCCAGUCCUUCCGAAUCGACGCCGAGGGCUCAGACCCAAAGCGUGACCGAGUCUCGCCGUGCGGCGAAUGUCUCUGCCGACGACGCAAGGAGAUCACGACGACAGGCGGAAUACAAUGGAAAUGAAAGGUCGGGUGACUUGAACGUCAGCCCACAGCAGGAUGUGUUCCACCAACCGUCCCAGAAGGCAGGGCCCGAGCUAUCUGGACGUCCUGGUACGGAAUUGCCCAAGGCUGCAAGUGAUACUCAGAGUGGUUUAGUGAAUGAGAUUAAUACGGAUGUAUUUCACUCCUCGGCGGAUGCCGAGAAGGUUGCAUCGCCUGCACAAGAGCAGGAAAUCCCAGACGAGGUCAUGAAUCAACUCUUUCGUAGCCCUAAGGUCGCCAAAUCGAUUUCUCGGAAAGGUGAUGUGAACAUGAACAGAGGCGAACUCAAGCCUGCUGGGUCAUCCACGCGUUCAGUCGAGACGGAUGACAUAGAGAAGCUUGGAAGUAGUAUUGCAGAUGAUAUAGUCUCGGCCAAGUCCCAGACAGAUCCAGUGGUAAUAGCAGAUGCAAAACAAGCAGACACCUAUAAAAUGUUAGAAUCGCGUGUUCCGUCAUCACGUCUAGGGAGACUAUGGCAAUAUGGUGGGCUGGCGACUUCGAUGGCUUUUGGAGCUGUUGGUGAGGGUUUACGGAGAGUAACUGGCAGCAACGACGCGGAUGCUGGAUCUCUCAUGUUCAGUCCCGGGAACAUGGAACGCCUCGUCGCUAAGCUUUCGAAGAUGCGUGGCGCUGCCCUCAAAUUAGGCCAGAUGCUGAGCUUCCAAGACUCAAAGAUGCUCCCCGAGUCGAUCGGAAUUGUCCUGCAAAGGGUACAAGACCGAGCCGACUACAUGCCGGCCUCUCAGCGUGACAAAGUGCUAGCCGAUAACUUGGGGCCUAACUGGCGGGAUCUAUUCUCCUCCUUUGAUGAAGUCCCAAUGGCGGCAGCUUCUAUCGGUCAAGUCCAUGGAGCUGUUCUAAAGAAGACAGGUCUACCCGUUGCUGUCAAAGUGCAAUACCCAGGCGUGGCAGAUUCUAUCGACUCGGACCUGAACAACUUGUCGAUUCUACUCACUGCGUCUCGUCUUCUCCCGAAGGGUCUGUAUCUGGAUAAGACUAUCGCAAAUGCCCGAACAGAACUUGCUUGGGAAUGUGACUACAUCCGAGAAGCCGAAUGCAGCAAGCACUUUAAGGAACUCCUCAAAGAUGAUCCGGUCUUUCUGGUACCGGAAAUCAUCCCUGAGGCCUCGGGCAGACAGGUCUUGACCAUGGAGCGCUUGAACGGUGUUGCCGUUACUAAGAUCCAAGAUUUCACCCAAGAACAGCGUGACUGGAUCGGCACACAGAUCAUGCGCCUGUGUUUGCGAGAGAUUACUGAAUUCAAAUACAUGCAGACGGACCCGAACUGGACCAACUUCCUCUAUAACGCAGAGACCAACCGCCUAGAACUGCUUGAUUUCGGCGCGUCGCGCGAGUACCCCACCGAAUUUAUCACGAAAUACAUUAGCACGCUUGUGGCUGCCUCCCGGAAUGAUCGUGAGACUUGCCACCGUCUCUCUAUUGAUCUGGGCUACCUGACGGGUCACGAGUCGUCGGCUAUGGUGAAUGCACAUGUCUCCUCCAUCACUACUCUUGCCGAACCGUUCAUGGGCUCUUCCCCGGAUGUCUAUGACUUCAGCAACCAGACUAUCACAGAUAGAGUCCGUACUUUUAUUCCAGUUAUGAUCCGGGAGCGCCUGUCGCCUCCACCGGAGGAGACCUACAGUCUUCACCGGAAACUCAGCGGUGCUUUCUUACUGUGCGCCAAACUAGGCAGCCGAGUGCGGUGCAAGGAGCUGUUCGACGAGGCAAUCAAGAAGGCUGAUAAGGCCGGUCUCGAGAUCAAGCCUUAA